UCACUCUCCACUAACCUGGCCUGGACGAACCACAGGACUGCUCAACUGCUCCUCUAACGCGAACAAUGGGCUGGCAGGAGCAAGGAUGGCUCGUCUGUGCGAGUUUUCUCGGGUUUGUGGCGGCGGCGCAGAGCAUAACGCGGGGAGAGCUUUUCCCCUUCGGUCCAAGCGCAAGAGACCAGUUACUGGAAGCAGGGAAUGACCAGACGCACCGAGUCGAGCUGGACAAGCCAGUGUUGUUUUAUGAUGGCACCUUCGACAGCAUCUUUAUCAACACCAAUGGUUUUGUUGCCACAGCAGAGCCAGCGAGCGAGGCGACGUAUCUUGGCAGCUUGCCCCCAAAAUUCGGCAUGAUUGCAGCUCUGCAGGGAGACCUGGACACCAGUGAUGGGGUGGGCAAAGUUUUCUUCCGUCAAGACUCCAGCCCUGAUGUUCUGCGUCGGGCAGCCGAGCACAUCAACAGGGCCUUCCCCGAGGACGAUGAAGUCAACCCCACCCAUGCUGUGGUGAUCACCUGGGUCGAUGUCGCCGCCAACGAACCUCAAAGCAGAGGAGAUGGCUUUGAUAAGAAGAGAAACACCUUCCAGCUGGUUAUUGCAUCCCUGGAGACGGCCUCGUAUGCUGUUGUUCUGUAUGCAAGGGACGGGAUACAGUUUUCCUCCACGCCUGCAGAAGACGGUAGUGAUACCAUGCAUGCAGGCUUUAGUAAGGGUUUGGUCCGGGGUUUCCUGUUUUCCAGUCAGGGGCCAUACUACCGUACCACCACUGAUGACGAGGCAUCCGUCAGGGCUUUAGCAGAGGAGACCAACUCCGGCCUGCGGGGUGUAUGGGUGUACGAGAUUGGAACUUCUCCUUAUUUUACCAACGUGGCUCCAGGUGAGGUCACCGACCUGCCCACUGAGGCCACACCACAGGGUUCCCCUGAAGGCAAUGAGGAGGCCUCGAAUGCAAGGCGUGUGUAUACUGACGGACAGCAAGUGGAGUACCCUCCUUAUGAGUCAGAAGGGGGUCAGAUCGAAGUCCACCCAGUUCAGUACCAGCCACAUCAGCCCGGGAACCCAGAAGUGGUGGUGUUGGAGGACACAGAUAUAAAUGUAGAUGUGUUCUCAUACAACCUUGGGACAUGUGCAAACAACAGAAAUAAGUGCUCCCAGUUUGCUGACUGCAAGGACUACUCCAGUGGGUACUGCUGCCACUGCAGGCCUGGCUUCUAUGGCAAUGGGAUACAGUGUGUGGCAGAGGGGAAGCCACAGAGGAUGAAUGGUAAAGUGCAUGGAAAAGUGUAUGUGGGCAACUCUCCUUCCCCAGUGGAUUUCACCAGCAACGAUCUCCACUCGUACGUUGUGGUAAACGAUGGCCGUUCCUACGUGGCCAUCAGUGACAUCCCUUACACCCUUGGGCCCUCGCUGCAGCCCCUGUCGGCCCUCGGUGGUGUGAUUGGGUGGGCGUUUGCUCUGGAGCAGCCUGGCUUCAAGAAUGGCUUCAGCAUUAUUGGGGGGGAGUUCACACGGCAGGCUGAGGUGACCUUUCUGCCAGGGAAUGAGAAGCUGACCAUCAGACAGGAGUUCAAAGGCAUCGAUGAGCACGACCACCUGGCGGUGAGCACCUCCCUGGAAGGCCGGGUCCCUGAGGUGCCCCCCGGCUCCACUGUGCAGAUCGAUCCUUACUCUGAGAUCUAUCAGUACAGCAACAACUUGAUCACCUCAUCCUCCACUCGAGACUACGUAGUGAGCUUGCCCGAUGGCUCCACUGACACCAGGACAUAUCAGUGGCGUCAGACCAUCACCUUCCAGAGCUGCCAGCAUGGCGAGGCUCUGAGAGACGUGAAGCCGACUCAGAUGCUCAGCGUGGAACAGGUGUUUGUCAUGUACAAUGCUAAUGACGAACUCAUCCGGUUCGCCAUGAGCAACAAGAUCGGAGAUGUCAACGGAGGGCAGCCGGAGGAAAACCCAUGUUUCACUGGGAGACACGGCUGUGACACCAACGCCGUGUGUCGACCUGGACAGGGAACUCAGUUCACAUGCGAGUGUGCUGCUGGCUUCAACGGUGACGGCCGCACAUGUUAUGACAUUGAUGAGUGCAGAGAAAAUCCUCAGAUCUGUAGCUCCCACGCUAUCUGCAACAACCAGCCCGGGACCUUCCGCUGUGAAUGUGAAGAUGGAUACCAUUUCGGCAAUGAUGGGCAGACCUGCACUGAGCUUAAUCGACCUGUGGACGCCUGUGAAGAAGGCACCCAUAGCUGUGACAUUCCUGAGCGUGCUCAGUGCAGCUACACCGGAGGCUCGUCCUACAUCUGCUCCUGCCUGCCAGGGUUCAUAGGAGAUGGUAGAGUCUGCCAAGACAUAGAUGAGUGCCAGCCAGGCAGGUGCCAUCAGGAGGCCGUGUGCUAUAACACCCAGGGAUCAUUUACCUGCCAGUGCAGGCCAGGUUACUAUGGCGACGGCUUCAACUGCUCUCCAGAGAGGACAAAAACACGAUGUCAGGCCCACAGAGACAGUCUCCUGGGCGUGACGGAGUUUGGUCCACGCGGCCCCCGGCCUCCCGUUGGGCAGUACAUCCCUGCAUGUGACGAGAAUGGUGCCUAUGAACCCAUGCAGUGCCACGGCAGCACGGGACACUGCUGGUGCGUGGACCGAAACGGACAGGAGAUCCCUGGCACUCGCUCUGGGCCUGGCAGCAGGCCAAUGUGUAUCGACCAUGGUGUUGUUCCACCGCCUGUUGGACCAACCCCUCGCCCCGAUGUCCACCCCCUGCCUCCAGGAACACACCUGCUGUUUGCCCAGAGCGGCAGGAUAGAACAUGUGCCGCUGGAAGGUCAUGAUAUGAAAAAGGACGAUGCCAAGGCUGUCCUCCAUCUCCCUGAGAAGGUAAUCAUUGGAGUAGCCUAUGACUGCGUGGAGAAAAUGGUCUACUGGACUGAAAUCACAUCUCCCUCAGUCAGCAAGGCCAGCAUCGAAGGGGGGGAGCCCAUUGCUGUCAUUAGAUCAGAUUUGGACAGCCCAGAGGGUAUCGCCAUCGACCACUUGGGACGAGCUGUGUUCUGGACGGACUCUGUGAAGGAUCGCAUCGAGGUGGCCUCUCUGGACGGCUCUCAGCGUCGUGUCAUCGUAGACGCUGAUCUUGUCAACCCGCGUGCUAUUAUCACUGACCCUCCCAAUGGCAAUCUAUACUGGACCGACUGGAACCGCGAUGCACCCAAGAUUGAGACCUCUUACAUGGAUGGAUCCAACAGGAGGGUGCUGGUGAAAGACGAUCUCGGCCUGCCGAACGGCUUGACAUAUGACUCUCAGAGCUCUCUGCUAUGUUGGGCAGAUGCAGGCACCCAUAAAAUGGAGUGCAUGCAUCCUGCUCGGGGUGACCGCAGAAAGAUCAUGGAAGGGAUUCAGUACCCUUUUGGAAUCACGUCUUUUGGGAAGAACAUCUAUUACACUGACUGGCGGAGGGAUGCUGUGGUUGUUGUGGACCGCUAUGCUGGCAAGGAAUCAGACCAGUUCCAGCCUCAGAAACGGACCAAGCUAUACGGGAUCGCCACAGCCUAUGCUCAGUGUCCUUCAGGACAAAACUACUGUGCUGUGAACAACGGGGGCUGCACCCACCUCUGUUUAGCAACCCCUACCGGCCGCUCCUGCAAGUGUCCCGACAACGCGGUGGGCGCAGGCUGUGUGGAGAGAGACGGCGGGUACUGAGAGAAGGCGGCUGCGCUUUUUGAGAGUUGACACUGUUUGGAUGUUUGACCACAAAUUAGGAGCCACUCAGCAUUACUAAACUCUAGCUGCUGAAAAUGCCACUGAAAACCCGAGGUGAACUUAUUGUGCCUUUUACAAAUCUUAUCUACAUUGUUACAUUUCCCAUUGCCGUAAUAAAAUCACAGCUGCCUUUGAGAAUUGUAAAUAUAAACACUAUUAUUUUGUCUUUUCCCGAGUGCACAUAAACUGAGAAUAAAGCUCAAGGGAUGCAUAAUUUAAUGUGAAAUUCGUCACAGCGAUGCAUGACGUCAUCCACGUCAGCUGUGUUACACUGUGGCAUGCUCGGAUUAGCCGAUCUCAUGGAAGUAUUACUGUGGAGUGUGACUGGUGUUUGUACGAGCUGGUGGGAUGAGUUUACAUGCCGGGCUGCAGAAGAAUAAACAUUUUUCUAA